UUCGUGUGAACGCUCCCUUAGGCAAAAGGUUCCAUCUUGGCUUUCUUUCUGGAUCCUGCACUUCUAUGUUACCUUGGUUCAUUAUCUACCCAAAGGUGGCUUCUAGAUCACUUGGGGCACUGUGGAGCUUGCAUUAAUCAGGCUCAAAGCAGAAAUGCCACAUACCCCUCGCCAACGGUUGCAGCCUCGGGCUCCAAUUUGGUCAGAGACCGAAACUCGAGAUUUCCUUGCCCUCUGGGGUGAACUGCUGAUUUUGAGGUGGAUUGAAAACCGGCCACCCAACAGUGACAUCUACGAGGACCUGUCGGCCCAGAUGAUAGCCAGGGGCCACGAGCGCAACGCUUCGCAGUGUAGGAACCGAGCCCGGGAUCUGAAGCGAAGUUAUCGGAGAGCCAAAGAUGCCCAGAUCUGUGCUGGAGCUGAGCCCGUGUCUUGCCGUUACUUCCAAGAGUUGGAUCAAAUGUUUGGAGGCGAAAUGGAUAGGGCCACCAACCGGAGCUUGGCCAGCAUGGAUGGAUCCGUGCGGGUGGUGGUAAAAAGGGAGGAUGCAAAAGACAUGGAGGCCCAGGCCUCUGAGGAAGAGAGCAACCAAAUGACGCCCCCAAACACCCUCUCAAGUAUGGAGGCAGACACAGACACGGAAACCGAACCGAACGUGGGGAUUACACGAGGGUUAGUGACAGUGGUAGAUCCCAACGUGAUUGAAAACACGAUAGUUGAGGACGGUCCUGAAGAGAAGGUGGUGCCUUUUUGUGGGCAACCGGUUCCAGGCUGCAGUGAAGAUGGGCACCACACUGCUACUGGUAGAGGCAGACGAGAGAAGUCCUUUGGUCACCCCCUGACGACAGCAGAAAGGAUGGCAUCUAUGCGGGAGAGGAAGAGGCGGUCGCACGAGGAGAUGAUGCAUGAAAUCAUGACUGACUACAGGAGGACCUGGGAGACCAUGGAGGCCCUUCACGAGAGAAGUGAAAUCAACGCCGGGGACUUCCGUGAAGCAGUGCUGAGGGAAAUGCAUCUGGACAGAGAGGCUCGGACACGGGAGGCCCAAUUAGACCGUGAAUCCUGGGCAAGGGAGGCCCAGCUGGAUAGGGAGGCCAGGAUUAGGGACAACCAUCUGGAGAGAGAGAUUAGGAUUAAGGAGCUCGGUAUGAUUGAAGCCGAGCUUCAGCGCACCAGGGAGAUCCUCCAUCCGAUGGUGGAUGCCGUGGCAUCUGUGGCAGAGGCCUUGCGUGUGGCGAGCAGGAUACUGCCACCAUCUCAGCCUGCACAGAAAAUGAGGGCUGGAGUCUUCUUGGAAUCAAAGGAAAGCAAGUAAUUUCGGUCUCUCUUUCAACUAUAAAACUUUGGUCUUGAAUGGGAAAGCUUUGUUGUCAGGAACGGGGUGGGGAGGUGCUUUCUAAAGUGCUAAAUUCAGAGAUUUUUAAUAGUCAUUUUAUCUUGCCCAGUAAGAUAUUGAGCCAGUUUAACCUACUCUCUCAAUUUGCUCAUCCUGUGGAACAGAGAGAUAAUGUACAUCGAGGUGGUUUCGUUUGGAAAAAGAAAAGAAACUUUAGAAAAGACUUUACAGUAGCUUAUUGAUAGGAGCCUUCCUUUUCCUUGCAACCAAAUCCAGCUGACCGGAUUUUAUUUGGGGCUUUUUUCUGGACAGACUUUAUCUGAACGCAGGUAUUGGAAAACAAAAUGCUUGCAUAUAUUCACAAUGGAGCAUUGUUGUGCAGAUAGUUUUCAACUUACAACAGUUCAUUUAGCAGCCGUUU